UUCCCAUAUGCACUUAUCACUGUUGUAAUACCAAUAAUUGUUAUGAUUACAUUUGGUCUAUUGACAAUAUCGAACGUGCAAAAUUCACGUCGUCGUGUGUUUACAACAACAGUAACACAAUUCUCAAAUAAUGGCCCAAAUCAAUCAGAACGAUGGAGAAAGACAGAUUAUUAUUUACUAGUUAUGCUCCUUGUGCAAACCGUUCUUUAUUGUUUUUUUACACUUCCACAAGCAAUACAAAAAAUGUAUUCAACAAUGACUGAAAGCCAGAUAAAAUCUCCUUUACAAAAUACCAUUGAAAAUUUAGCUUUUAAUAUUUUAUUGCUUUUAACUUAUUUUUCAAGUGGAAUACCAUUUUAUAUUUACACAUUAUGUGGUGGAAAGAUAUUUCGUCAAACAUUAAUUAAUGUCUUGAAAAGAAUUUCUAAAAGAUGUACUUGA